GAGUCGACUAGAUUUCUUCACUGAGUGGGUUUUCAACAGUUUAAUUUCCUUGUAACUACUCUCCCUAUAAUAACUCUAUAAAUUCCUCAAAACUCGACACACUCCUCAUUAUAUAUAACUACUACUACUACUACUACUAACUAUCUGCUAUAAAACACAAAUCAUAUUUAUUUUUUGGUGAUCAAAGUAGGGAGGAUAUCAAUAAUGGGUACACCAAAAGAGCACAUUGAAGAAAUAAGGAGAAAUAAAUUCUCAAUUGGAGGUGAAACAAAUCCAUUGACAGAGGAUCUUCAUCAGGCUGUGAAGAAUCUCUCUGCUGAGCUUUAUGCUAAGGAUGUCCAUUUCCUUAUGGAACUCAUACAGAACGCGGAGGAUAACGAGUAUGAGAAUGGCGUUAAACCGUCGUUGGAAUUUGUGAUAACAUCGAAAGAUAUUACAGAGACGGGAGCUCUGGCGACGCUUUUGAUUUUCAAUAAUGAGAAAGGUUUCUCCCGGAGGAACAUUGAGUCCAUAUGCAGCGUUGGACGUUCCACCAAGAAGGGCAAUCGCAAGCGUGGAUACAUUGGCGAGAAAGGCAUUGGCUUCAAGAGUGUGUUUCUCAUCACUGCUCGGCCCUACAUCUUCAGCAAUGGGUAUCAGAUACGAUUCAGCGAGGAACCUUGCCAGCACUGCAAUGUAGGCUAUAUUGUACCUGAGUGGGUGGAAGCAAACCCAACUCUUUCAGUUAUAAGUCAAAUCUAUGGGUCUUCUGCUACUCUUCCGGCCACUACUUUAGUGCUACCACUGAAACCUGACAAGGUGAAGCCUGUUAAGAAGCAGCUUUCCGGGAUUCAUCCUGAAGUUCUUCUCUUUCUUUCAAAGAUAAAGAAGCUCUCGGUCAGGGAAGACAAUGAGGAUCCCAGGCUUAAUACUGUCAGUGCCAUUUCGAUUUCCAGUGAGACCGAUUUUGUUAAGAAGAAGAAUAUUAAUGCUGAAUCCUACAUGCUCCAUCUCUCAGCUGAUGAAAAUUCUGGUCUGGGGGAAUGCAAUUAUUACAUGUGGAAACAGAAGUUUCCUGUCAGGCGGGAGCAUAGAGUGGAUAGAAGAAUGGAAGUUGAUGAGUGGGUUAUCACUCUAGCUUUUCCAAAUGGAGAGCGCCUCAACAGGGGAACCAGCUCUCCCGGGAUUUAUGCUUUUCUUCCCACAGAGAUGGUCACGAACUUCCCUUUCAUAAUUCAGGCCGACUUUCUUUUAGCGUCGUCAAGGGAGACAAUCCUUUUGGAUGACAUAUGGAACCAGGGCAUUCUUGACUGUGUCCCUUCUGCAUUUGUCAAUGCUUUCACAUCACUCGUGACAACUAAUGAAGGUGCUCCGGUAUCUACUCUGGCUCGUAUGUUUGGAUUUUUACCAGUCAAUGAAUCUCCGUAUCCAAUUCUUAAUGGCGUGAGAGAUUCUAUUAAAAGAAAACUUCUGGAUGAAAGUAUCAUUCCAUGCGAGUCAUAUGUGGAACAACAAUUCUUCCAGAAACCCAGUGAUGUUGGUAGGCUCCUACCUGCUUUCUGGAAUCUUCUGAACAAGGCGAGCAAGCAGGGGGUUGUUUUGCAUAACAUUUCAUCCCAUGGAAGUUUCAUCGUAAACUCAGCUUUUGAUAAGGAGAUGUACAACAACAUUUUAGACUUUCUGGAAGUGAAACAAGUUGACAAUGGAUGGUAUGCGAAGUGCAUUCAGAGUUCCAAUCUUGUUUUGGGAGUCUCAGAGGAUGUUUACUUGGAACUUUUAGCAUUUAUUGCUGACAAAUGGAUCUCUUCUUUCAAGACAACCGAGAUGAGGAACAUUCAACUUUUUAAAUAUGUUGAUUUUGAUGAUGAUGUAGCUUUAUAUAGCAUUUAUGAGGCAUUGAAUGGUGGUCAUUCAUUGCUCUUGUCUCGUGAUUCUGAUCACAUCUCUUGGCUGAUUAGCUGGAACUCAGAAUUUCGGUUUGCCAGUCACCUGUUCUUCUCCAAAUCAACACAAGAAGCAGUCCGGAAUCAUUCUAAAAGUCAGACAAUUUUGGGUUGGCUUAAAGAUGAGGUCAAAGUGGGCAUCGUGAAUGUGUAUGACUAUGCUCUUCUGCUUCUUAACUCUCUCUGUGAUGAUAGAAAACUUGUUGUGGCUUUUACCCACUUCUUACAUCAGUCUCUUGCAAGGAGCUAUUUAUCUAGAGAACAAGUUGCUGCUUUAUGCAGUAAACUGCCCCUGGUGGAUAACUAUGGACAGGUCACCAGACAAAGGAAAGGGGUAUUGUUGCCUGCAAAUGGUAGCAAGUGGGUGCAGCUGAUUGGUUCGAAUCCGUGGAGAUACGAAGGCUAUGUUGAGCUUGGAGAAGAUUAUUUGCAUUCCGGAAGCUAUGCUGGAGUUUGUACCAGCAAAAAAAAGCUUCUGGGUUUUCUGACGAAUUAUGUUGAAGCUAAGGACAUUCCUGACCUACCUCCUCCUGAUGCAGCGAUUUCUAGUAUGUAUUCUCCCCUGACCAAAGAAAAUGCAUUGCUGAUGUUCGAAUGGAUUCGUAAGAUGAAAAUUAACAAGUUUUCCUUGCCAAGAAGAUUCUUGACCUGCAUAAGGGAGGGUAGCUGGCUGAGGGUAUCGCUGAGUGGUAGCCCUGGCUACAAGCCUCCUUCAAAGUCAUUCUUCCACACUUCAUCAUGGGGACAUCUGCUGCAGAGUGGAUAUGUUCAUGUAGAUAUUCCAUUAGUUGAUCAGGCGUUCUAUGGCAGUGAGCUAAAGCAGUACAAGGAGGAGUUAAUCACAAUGGGUGUCAUGUUUGAAUUUAAAGAGGCAUGUGAAUAUAUUGGAGAACAUUUUAUGUCUCUGGCAGCUAGUUCUACUUUAACCAAAGGCCAUGUAGUGUCAAUACUCAAUUUCAUUAAGUAUAUGAGGGAGAAAUAUCUUCCCCCGGAUACCUUCGUCGAUAGCAUUAAUGAUCAGAGAUGGUUGCAGACUACGCAAGGUGAGAAGAGCCCGCAGGAAUCUGUUUUCUAUGACAGUGAGUGGGAUGCUGCCUCACAGAUCAGUAACAUUCCAUUCCUUGAUCAGAAGCAUUAUGGGGUUGAGAUUCUUUCCUUCAAAACUGAACUGAAGCUGCUUGGUGUGGAGUUUGGUUUCAAUCAAAAUUACAAGCUUGUGGUUGACAACUUGAGAUCUCCUGCGCACUUAGGUUGCCUGAGUUCUGGUGGUUUGCUCUUGACACUUAAGUGCAUUCGCAAUCUGACGUCAUCUAACAAAGUAUGCAGGGCACUUAGGGAUAGCAAAUGUAUGAAGACCGUAAACAUGGGGUGGAAAUAUCCGGCUGAAUGUUUCUUGUUUGAUCCUCUGUGGGGCUGCUUGCUGCAGGUUUUUGGCAGUUUUCCUCUUAUUGAUUCAAAUUUCUAUGGGAGCAAUAUCUUCUCAUAUAAAACCGAGUUGCAGAAAAUUGGGGUGGUUGUUGAUUUUGAGGAGGCAACUAAAGCUUUUGUUGCUGUUUUUAAGAAGCAGACAUCGAAGGGUUCCUUAAGUAAGGACAGUGCUCAUUCCCUUCUUGCAUGUUACAGAAAAUCGAAGACAGCCAACUUUAAGUUUCCUUCAGAUCUUAAGAGCUGCGUUCAAGAGGUCAAGUGGUUGCGAACUCGAAUUGGUGAUAAAGUACCUAAAGAUUGCAUACUCUUUGAUUCAUCUUGGGAAUCUAUCUCUUCAAUCUCCCUGUUGCCUUUUGUUGAUGAUAGUGAAGGGCGAUACGGUAGGGGCAUUCAUGAUUACAAGGAUGAACUUAAGAAUAUGGGAGUUGCGGUGACAUUUGCUAGUGGGGUUAAGUUUGUGCCUGCAAGCCUUCGAUUUCCUGACAAUCCAAGUGUCAUUACUGUUCCAGUCGCAUUCUCAUUGUUAGAGUGUAUGCGGAAGCUGGAGCAUAAUGAUGAUCUGAUUGCUACUUUGCGGUCAAAGCUCGAUAGAAGAUGGAUGAAAACUAAUGCUGGUUACAGGUCUCCAGAUAAAUGUUUAUUAUUUGGUCCUCAGUGGAUUACUGUCUUACAGCCAGAAGAUGGUCCUUUCAUAAAUGAAAAGUUUUAUGGCUCCAGCAUAAGGUCGUAUAAGAAAGAGCUCAAAUCUCUUGGUGUUGUGGUUGAUAUUGGAGAUGGGUGCUCCUUGCUUGCUGAUUACCUUGAUUGCCAUUCCAACAGCAUUACUAUCACUCGGAUCUAUAAGUACUUGAGUAAGUUCAACUGGGAACCAACUAAAGAUGAUCCUAGAAACAUAUGGAUUCCAAAUGGUGAUAACAAUGGAGAGUGGGUGCAUGCUGAUGAUUGUGUUUUGCAUGACAAAAGUGGUUUCUUUGGCCUGCAGCUGCAUGUUCUAGAGAAAUACUACGACAAGGAGCUGCUCAGUUUCUUUUCCAAAUUAGGUGUCAAAAGUAAUCCUUCUCUUGAUGAUUUUCACAAGCUUUGGAAGUCAUGGGAAUAUGCUGGCCACAGUUUGUCACAAUCAGAGUGUCAAACUUUUUGGGAGUUCAUUGUGAAGCACUGGAGCUCUCGGACGGAGAACUUCCUAACUGAGAACUUGUCAAAACUUCCUGCGGGUUCAGGUCUGAAGAAAAUUUUGAUGCUUGACAAACGUGAUGUUUUUAUUGCUGAUGAUCUUUAUCUUAAGGACUUAUUUGAACAGUCAUCUUCUCAUCCCCUGUUCGUUUGGUAUCCACAACCAAGCUUGCCAUCUUUGCCUCGACAGAAGUUGCUUGAAAUUUAUGGCAAAAUUGGUGUUCGUCAUUUGUCUGAAUCUGUUCUAAAGAAAGGCCUGUCUUCUGUUAACUGUGAUGGACUUGAGCAGCUGCAGCCAGAAGAAGUCUUCAUUCGGAGGGGCUUGUUUAAGUUAAUUCUUGGCUUCCUUGCUGAUCCUUCACUUGAAAUGGAAGUACGUGAGAGACAUGAAGCUCUCAAAUGCCUCAUGGAUGUAAGUAUUUUUGAGACAUUAGAACCAAUAACCAUGGAUUGCAGUCUGUCACUUUCUUCUGGAGAAGUCCUGAAUGUGAAAGUGAGCCGUAUGAUGUGUUGGGAAAGAGAAAGUUCAAAGAUCUUCCUUCAGAAGCUGGACAAAUCUGGUGGUUACAAAGGCAAGCUUGAGUAUGCGACAUAUUUCUCUGAGGUGGUUGCUGAGGGAAUCCUAAGGGAGAAGGUAGAUUAUGUGCCUCAAUUGGCUGAAUUGAUUAAGUUGGGAUUCAUCCUGGAAUUUGAUGAGGAAGCUGUUGGGUUCUUGAUGAAAACUAAUAAUCUGCAAAUAUUUUUGGAGGAUGAAGAAUUCCUUUCCUCUGCCUCCACUUCUGAAUAGGUGCGGCGAUAGUAGUAAAUGGUUUGGAAGAACUUUUUGAGGCUCGCCGUGGAUGCCAAAUGGGAUUUCUGGUGUUUUCUGGUCUUGGAGAAGUCUGUGCACGAAGAUUGAUCUUUUGUUAUAAAUCCUUGUUACUUGUCAACGCUCUUUAUUUUGUAUUUAGCUGCUCUAAGGUUCUCUGUGUAAUUUUCUAAAUUUGCAGUUAAGAGAUACAAUUGCUGAAAA